CCCCGCCCCCCCCAGGCCUUCGUGUUCCGCACCGUGAGCCGCACGCGGCCGCGCCGCUUCGUGCAGUGCGCCACGGUGGGCAGCUUCGCGGCGCGCUGGCAGGAGACGCUGUACAACAUGUUCACCUUCGCCUGCCUCUUCCUGCUGCCGCUGCUCGUCAUGCUGCUGUGCUACGGCCGCAUCCUGGCCGCCAUCUCGGGCACCAUGAGGGCAGCGCGCGCGUCCUCCCGGGACGUGCAGCUGCGCCGCUCCCACGACCGCAUCCCGCGGGCGCGCAUGCGGACGCUGAAGAUGUCGGUGGUGGUGGUGCUGACCUUCGUGUGCUGCUGGACGCCCUACUACCUGCUGGGGCUGUGGUACUGGUUCUCCCCGGAGAUGCUGACCCGGGGCAGGGUGCCGCCGGCGCUCAGCCACAUCCUCUUCCUCUUCGGCCUCUUCAACACGUGCCUGGACCCGCUGGUUUACGGGCUCUUCACGGUGCAUUUCUGCGGCUGUGGCCGCCGGCGGCGCCGCCAGGACGCGGCCUCGGCGCUCAACGGCUCCGUCCGCGCCUCCGCCGCCCGCAGAGCCCCCGGCAGCGCCGGGAAGGACGAGCGGGAGGCGACCGAGGGGGGGGACCCGGCGGGGGGGAGCCCCAAAGGGCCUCGUGACGCCGCGCCGGGAGCAGCGGCCGAGCCGUCGGUUUUCGGCGGGUCCCGAAGGAGCGAGGACAGGAGGCGGAGCUCAGCUCGCGUUUAAUGAAGGACAAACCGCGAGAGGACGACGGACAGAAAUAAAAGUUACCGGAAAGGCCGCGAGCGGAGAUGGGUCCGUGCCCCGGCGCCGAGCGGGCGGAGGGGACGGGGAACGGCCGCGGGCGGACAGAGCCCAGCGCUCCGCCCAGGAUCGCGGCCGAGCGCCGCGUCACCUUCA